AUGGCAUCUCACUCUGUCACCCAGGUUGGAGUGCAGUGGCAUGAUGUUGGCUCACUGCAACCUCCACCUCCUGGGUUCAAGCAAUUCUCUUGCCUCAGCCUCCCAAGUAGCUAUGAUUACAGGCGUGUGCCACCACACCUGGCUAAUUUUUGUAUUUUUAGUAGAGACGGGGUUUUACCAUGUCGAACUCCUGACCUCGUGAUCUGCCCACCUUGGCCUCCCAAAGUACUGGGAUUACAGGUGUGA